CCCGCGUGCGGCAGCAUGGCGGCGGCGGCGUCCGGGGUGGCGCCGGUCCGCGCCCGGUUCCUCACCUCCAAGGAGCAGUUCCAUGCCUACCUGCGGGCCCGGGGCGAGCCCAGCGGCGGGGGUGAGGAGGAGGAGGAGGAGGAAGAGAAGGUCAAGGAGGAGGAGGAGGUCGGCAGCUGCCAGAGCGAGCCCCCCGCCAAACGGGUGAAGUCAGAGGACCUCGGUCAGGACGGGGAAAGCCGAGAGGAUGUGGGAGCAGCGGAGAAGGAGCCCGCGGAGCGGAAGCGGGCCCGGGGGCAGAACAAGAGCAGGCCGUGUAUGAAGCCCAAGCACUACGAGCAGAGCAGGCUGUGCCCGUCGGUAACGCAGGGGUGUGUGGAGAAGUGCUACUUUGGCCCACGGUGCCGCUUCCUUCACGACAUCGGCGAGUACAUGGCCGCGAAGCCGGCUGACCUGGGGCGCAGCUGUGUGCUCUUCGAAACCUUCGGCAAGUGCAUUUACGGCAUCACUUGCCGCUUUGCCCAGGCCCACCUCGGGGAUGGCUACCAGAACAUCGUCAACACGGACCUGGCCAAGCAGUGGGAGGGGAAGUCGCUGGUGAGGAACAACCUUUCCAAGGAGCUCCAGCACCAGCUGCGCAAGAGGAAGUUUAGCUUCAGGAAGGCUGACGAGUACCUCCGUGGUCUGGGCAAGCCCCACGGGGAUGGUGGGAAGGGAGGCAAAGCCACGGAGCGUUCCACAGAGGAGCAAGAGGUGUCCAACUGCACAACAGCCCAGGAGGGGCUGGGAGAGGUUCCUGAAUGUCCUGCGCUACCGGAGCAGGGGGAAGAUCCCAAACCAGACGCCUUGCAGAGUCCCACCACUGGUGAGGAGGCUUUCUCCGUGAAAACGGUGGGCCCGCUGACAGAUGAAAGUACAUCCAAAGGGAUCCUUUACCUGGUGGUGUUGCCUUUGCUGGAGCACGUUCCUCCGGUGCUCCCCUUCUGCCCUGCCUCCUCCGGGGCGUUCGCUGAGUCUCGCUGUGACUUUCUUCUCCAGCUUCACGGCCGAUGCAGGGAGCAGCGGUACACGAGGGGUGCUGACUGGGACUCCAUAGCAGAAUGUGCGAAAAUCGCAAGCCCCAUGCCCCUUUUUGGAAACGGUGAUAUUUUGUCUUACGAAGAUGCUGAUCGGGCCAUGCAGAUGGGUGUGUCGGGAAUUAUGAUUGCAAGGGGGGCAUUCAUCAAACCGUGGCUUUUCACUGAAAUUAAGGAGCAGAGGCACUGGGAUAUCUCCUCCAGCGAGAGAUUUGAUAUCCUCAAAGACUUCACCAACUAUGGCCUUGAGCACUGGGGGUCGGAUACUCAGGGAGUGGAGAAGACCAGGAAGUUCCUGCUGGAAUGGCUCUCGUUCCUGUGCAGGUAUAUUCCAGUUGGCUUAUUAGAACACCUACCUCAGAAAAUUAACGAGCGGCCGCCUUACUACGUGGGGAGAGACUAUCUGGAGACACUGAUGGCGAGCCAAAACGUGGACGACUGGAUUAGAAUAAGUGAGCUGCUGCUGGGAGCCGUACCUACCAACUUCACCUUCCUGCCUAAACACACGGCAAAUUCCUACAGAUAGGGCUGAGGAGGCCCUUUCCCGUGGCGUUGGGUCAAGAGGAGGCGUUAGGACGAUGCGUGUCGAUGAACAGGGUUGUUCAGCUGCGCUCUGAAAUGAAAUAAAAGGUUUACGUUUUCAGAA